AUGAAGGUUAUCGAGCGGUUCUGGCAACUGGAUGAACCAGAAAAGGCAAACAAAAAUCUGUCUCCUUCCGAAGAGUUGUGCGAGUCUCAUUUUGCAACUUAUAUGAAAAGGAAUCAAGACGGUCGAUUCAGUGUCAGAUUACCCUUCAAGCAAGAUCCAUCGUUGCUUGGUGAGUCAAAACACAUUGCCAUUAACAGGUUUUUAGCGUUGGAAAGAAGACUCGAUAAGGAUGUAAUACUCAAAACACAGUAUGUACAGUUCAUGAAUGAAUAUGCUGAUCUCGGACACAUGGAAAGGGUUGACAUCAACCAAGUCAAUCCUCAUUAUGUCAUCCCACAUCAUGGCGUUUUACGGCCCGAUAGCAGCACCACGAAAUUAAGAGUGGUAUUUGAUGCAUCGUGCAAGACGAUCACCUAUGGAACACGAUCAGCCCCAUAUCUGGCUACUAAAUGCUUACAACAGUUGGCGAAAUCUGAGUUGCAAAAAUAUCCACUAGGUGCAGCAGCACUAAGUAAUGACUUCUACGUAGAUGAUUGCCUAAGUGGAUCAAAUAGUCUCCAAACUGCCAAAGAUAUACAAACUCAGUUAAAAGGUUUGUUGGAAUCAGCAGGAUUCAAGCUACGUAAAUGGUGUGCCAACCAUCCGUCACUUCUUCAAAAUAUUGCAAAAGAAGAUCAAGAAGUUGAUUUGGACUUUCAAAGUGACGACGCAACAUCAAUCAAAACAUUAGGAUUGACUUGGCAACCAAAAGAAGAUCAAUUUCGCAUAAAAUUAAAACUGGAUCCACUAAAAAUCAUUACUAAAAGAACCAUUACUUCGAACCUAGCCAAAAUUUUCGACCCAUUGGGACUACUAGGUCCAGUACUCGUAACAGCAAAAAUACUAAUUCAGGACCUAUGGCAACUACAAUUAACAUGGGACGAAGCAGUACCAACCGAAAUAUACACUAGGUGGACUACCUUUUAUGACGAUCUACAAGUACUAGAUCAAUUUAAAAAAGAUCGUCAUAUAUUCGGAAAACAGAUGCCAGCACUUGAAUCAAUACAAUUGCACGUAUUUUGUGAUGCUUCACAAAAGGCAUACGGAGCCGCAGUCUAUGUUCGAGCGAAACUAAUGGAUGGUCGACUAAUAAAUCGAUUGUUGUGUUCCAAGUCUCGUGUUGCUCCACUCAAAAAACAAACGAUUCCAAGGUUAGAACUGUGUUCAGCUCUAUUAGGAGCGACAUUGAUGAAAAAGGUUAAGAACAAUAUAAAUCAUGACGUAGCAACAUAUUAUUGGACUGAUUCAGAAAUCGUUCUCUUCUGGAUCAAUUCUUCAUCAGCAAGGCAUCAACAAUUCAUAGCAAAUAGAAUCAAUGCAAUUCAGGAAAUUAGCUUGCCUAAUCAAUGGCGUCACGUAAGAUCUAAGGACAACCCAGCUGACUCAUUAUCACGGGGUAUCAAGCCAGCUCAAUUACUCGAAAAUAACUUGUGGUUAUACGGUCCACUCUUUCUUCAUGGUUCCGAAAGCAACUGGCCUGGCAAAUUCAAUAAAACUCUCUGUAUUGAUCCGGUGAAUCCUGAAUGGAAACAAACGACAAGGGAAGUGGCCUUAAUCUCAACUGAUUACGAUAUCCAUUGGAUCGAUAGAAUCAAUCACAGGAAUUCAUUUAGAACUCUACUACAUACGGUAGGAUAUAUGCUGCGAUUUGUAAAUCGGGCAAGGCGAACCAAUUUAAGCAAUAUCACUAUGGCUCUAAGCCCUAUGGAACUGGAGCUGUCACUCAGGCAUAUAGUGAAGUACAUACAACAGUCAGAACUAAAAGAAGAAUUAAUUCAGUUAGAACGCAACCAAACAGUAAAACCUGCAAGUACACUUGCUGGACUGAUGCCAUUUUUAGAUGAACACAAGAUAAUUCGCGUGGGGGGAAGGUUAGAAGCAUCAUCACUUACAUAUGAUGAAAAGCAUCAGAUAGUCCUUCCAUACAAUAACCCUAUUGUAAAACUGAUAAUGAAAGACAUACAUGAACGAAAUAUACACUGCGGCGGUCAAGCACUGCUGGCAGCAGCGAGACAAAAAUUUUGGCCGAUCAAGGGUAAAAUUAUGGCAAGAUCAACUAUUCACCAUUGUGUUCGUUGUACUAGAUGUAAACCAGUUACUUUUGAACAAGUCAUGGGAAGUUUACCAAGGCAUCGAGUACAGCCAAACAGGCCAUUUUUUAAUACCGGAGUUGACUUCUGUGGGCCUUUUUGGGUGCAUUAUAAGGUGAGAGGAAAACGUGCGCAUAAGGCAUACCUAGCAGUUUAUUGUUGUUUUGCGACAAAGGCAGUACACUUGGAACUGGUAAGCGACUUGACAACAGAAGCAUUUAUCGGAUCAUUAAAACGUUUUAUCGCACGACGCGGAUGCUGCCAAAAUAUAUACUGUGACAAUGCAACGAAUUUUGUCGGUGCCUCUAACAAGUUGCAGGAAUUAACAACAACAAUCCAUUCCAAUGUAGCUCAGGAACAAAUAACAAAAACUUGCAGCAACAAGGGAAUAGCAUUUCACUUCAUCCCUCCUCGUGCACCUCAUUUUGAUGGACUAUGGGAAGCAGCGGUUAAAUCAGCAAAGUACCUAUUGGUCCGAAGCGUUUCAACUGAAACGUUAACGUACGAGGAACUCGAAACCGUCAUUAUAGAAAUAGAAGCUAUUUUAAACUCACGACCUUUAACACCAAUGUCGUCUAAUCCAAAUGAUUUGCAGGCUCUCACACCAGGUCAUUUCUUAGUUGGUGAUGCACUAACAGCACCCGUAGACGCAACAUGUGAAAAGGUAAAAUCAUCUCUUUUGAAUAGAUGGAAUCUGGUUGCACACUUAAAACAAGAGUUUUGGAAAAGAUGGCGGGCAGAGUACCUAAUGGAACUACAGGUUCGAAACAAGUGGCGUGAAGAAUGCAAAAACAUUGAAGAAAAUACACUGGUGAUCCUUAAAGAAGAUAAUGUACAACCUUUGCAAUGGCCUUUAGGGCGAAUAAUGAAGACAUAUAAGGGUAAUGAUGGAUUUAUACGAGUCGUAGAUGUCAAAACCGCAACAGGCAUGUUAAAGCGACCAAUUCACAAACUAGCCCCCUUAUUUCCUGAAAACAAACCUAUUAAAACACAGGAGAAUCGCCAUAACAAAGAAGAACGAAUGGACAAUGAGAUAGUCCCACGAAAACAAAGACGUGUGUCCUCCAAUAUAAAAUUAACUACAGUACUGAUAUCUCUACUUUUACUCCCGAUUGUUCUUUGUUCACCAGUAAACGUAACUGAACUUCGCUCCGCUCCUGGCCUACAUUUUGAACAAGUAGGAACAACAAAAUUGAUAACAUCCCACUGGAAAAUGAUAAUCUAUUACGAUUUAGCUCCAUUUAAUACAGAGCUGGACAUACUAAAGGAUUCAACGUUGAAUCUUUUGAAGCUAUGUGAUCAAAGCAACUUAAAUUCAACAUGCAAGUUUGUGGUUCAUCAUUUCCAGCAAGCAGAAAGUGAAUUGAGAACAGCAUUUGAAUUUAUGUCAAGCGCCCGAAAUAAGAGAGGGGCAAUCGAUUUAGUUGGGAAUAUAGCAAGUUCCCUGUUUGGAGUACUCGAUUCCAAUUAUGCAA